AGAAGGGUAUGUGUGACACGUACUGUAGCUUUCACGGCAAUAUGCCCUUUUUCGGCGUGCUAGUAGAGUUCCCAUGGAUACAAGGAGUCAUCUGUCAAGUUUCACAGCUGAAAAGUUUCAGUGAAAGAUGUUUGUAAAUAAGAGUGUUUAGAGGCUUCUCUGGAAAACCAGACCUUGGCAAACAGGAGUUGCUGUUUGAACUACAGAAGGUGUGAGGAAGAACAGGCCUGGAGAUAAGCAAACACCGGUUACAAGGAGAAGAUCCUGUCGUCUUCUACUAGAACGACUUCUACCAGAACAACAUCUUCCAGAGCGUAAAACGCUAAAAUCAGCCAGGACUAAGUUUGUGCUUCUUUUUUAAUUCUACCAAACUCUCUUAUCUCAGCUGCCAAGACAACUAGAGCAAGGAAUCUCCUUUAAGAGCCACUCAGAGCUAACAAGACAGACGCAGGGAGGGAGUAAAAAGAAGAAGAGAAGAGGGAGGGUGGGUGGAGAGCUGGAGAGAAUUGGCGCUCAAGUGUGAGUGAGAGAGAGCACUCAGAACCCUGCGAGCGUCUCCUAUAACCAUUGGCACUUUGAUACAUUUCAGAGCCUCGCACCUCGCACUGAAGUAUCUAACAGAACGCGGUUAGCAUCUGAGACUUGCACUUGAACAGAUGGUCGAAUGCAUGGGCUUUUAUUUGAGGAGCAACAGUUCAGAAGGACUCGUCUGAGGCGACUGUAAUUGAGGAUGGUUUUUUGAGAGACCUGCUUAGUAAGAGAGAUCUAAAUAGUGACUUUAGAUCUUACAACAGUCCAGAAAGCCAAAAAGAAGAGGGAAAUUCACAAUGGAUGGAUUUCCUUGGAUUUGUUGGCAGUGCUGAUCUGUUUCUCACUUUGUUGGUGUGUUUGGGUAUAAGAGAUUCUGCCUUAAGGAGAAACAAGCUUGUAAGGAGUUCUGGUAAGGGUCAGUUCCACGCUGGACCACACAAACUAUCUACAGGAGGUCUGGAGAGCAUGGGGAAAUCAAACAGCAAGCUCAAACCAGAGGUGGUGGAGGAACUAACCAGGAAGACCUACUUUACAGAGAAAGAAGUUCAGCAAUGGUACAAGGGCUUCAUAAAAGAUUGCCCGAGUGGUCAGCUUGAUGCUGCAGGUUUCCAGAAGAUCUACAAACAGUUCUUCCCCUUCGGCGACCCCACCAAGUUUGCCUCAUUUGUCUUCAACGUUUUUGACGAGAACAAGGAUGGACGGAUUGAGUUCUCAGAGUUUAUUCAGGCCCUGUCUGUGACCUCACGUGGGACCUUGGAUGAAAAGCUCCGCUGGGCCUUCAAGCUUUAUGAUCUUGAUAACGAUGGCUAUAUCACACGUGAUGAAAUGCUCAAUAUCGUAGACGCCAUCUAUCAGAUGGUGGGAAACACAGUGGACCUUCCAGAAGAAGAAAACACGCCGGAGAAGAGAGUGGAUCGCAUUUUUGCCAUGAUGGAUAAGGUACGGAAUGCUGAUGGGAAGCUGACCCUGCAGGAGUUCCAGGAGGGAUCAAAAGCAGAUCCCUCUAUUGUACAAGCUCUGUCACUCUAUGAUGGCCUUGUAUAGUAGCAGUAUCUUGUCUUAAAGAUACAGGUACGGCAAAGGAUCCAGUGCGGUGCCAUCCCACAAUGCCAUUCAAGUGGAUGAGUUUUCGUCGUUUGACCUCUCAUUCCGGACACUUAAGACUGAGAAGUCUUACCACAAGCAAAUCACAUUUCAGCAUACAACUAUGACAGAAAAGAAGAACCUGUCAUCCUGAAACUGUGUGUGUGUGUUUAUGUGUGUGAAUGCUAUAAUUCAGGAUCCCAUGGAAUUGCUUGUUUGCUGCUGAACAAUCGCACUGGAGAUUAUAUGGAUGGCACUGAUUGUUAAAGUAAAGCAUGCUGAAAAACCUAAAUUAUAGAUGUAAAUAUGUGCAAACAUUUUGUAUUUUUUAUUCAUACUUCACUGGGAUAUUGUGGAUGUGCUCUUCAUAUAUAAUUUAAGAGACUGUUGAUAUUUUAUUUAUGUCUUGUUUACCUUGAUGUGUAUGGAUUGCAGCUGUUACAAGCCUCAACGUUUCUGAAAGUUUCUUGGAAUGAAAGACUUUAAUGCUGUUUUGCUUUUUCUUUGGAACUAUGAAUGUGAAAGAUUCAUUUAUUAUAUUUGCAAUAGACAGCUACCAUUGUGAAGAGUGCGCUGCCCAUUCAUUGCUGGCAAAACUCAUUGUGAAGUCCUCAAGCUACUUCUUAAGCAAGGCACUGUAACCCAGCAACAUGCUACACUGUUAUUACUGAACAGUUGCAACUCAGAACUGAUGUAAGUACCUCUGUAAUGGAUAAACAAACAGUCCACCAUCUGCUAAUUUA